GUACUUUUGCGCGCCCUUGACUCUCAUCGAGAAGAAAACCCGACAAGAAAGCAACAUACUGAUCGGUUAAUAGCUAGCUAUAUUAUCAGAAGCUUGGUCUUACCGCUGAAAAAGUGUUAGCAAAGAACAGCUAACCUGCGGUUCAAAACCAAUUUCCAAUCUGUGGUGCCUCUUUCACUGAGAAUGGCAAGUGGAGACUCUCUUUUGGACAGUCUUGAGGAGUUGGAUGACUUCUCAGAUUCUGGCAGUGACUAUGAGGCCACAACGAAAGCUACAAAGCGAAGAAAACCGCCAGUGACUGGACUUCAGCCACCCAAGAGACCCAGGCGUAAAGCUGCAUUGAGGGUGUCCAGCACCAGUAGCAGCCCCAGCCCCAUCCCCACGCCUCCAAACCCCUCCCUGCAGCAGCACUCCCAAGGGACAUCCAGGCAGGCCUCUCCUAGACCUGUGACGAGAGCGAACGAGGGAAACGGGGGCAUCAGUGCAGAGGAUAUCUAUGAUGCUGUCCGCUCUGGAAAGAGUGCCAUGGUGACGGUGGUGGACGAGUGGCUGGACAGCUACAAGCGAAGCCGAGAGGCGGGGCUGCUGGUGCUCAUCAACUUCAUUGUUCAGUCCUGCGGAUGCAAAGGUGUGGUUAGCAGAGAGAUGUUGGACAGCAUGCAGAAUGCCGAGAUCAUCAGCACACUAACCAAAGAGUUCAAUGAGGAUUCAGUGAACUACCCUCUGUGCACCCCAGGCCCUCAGCUAAGGCGAUUCAAAGCCAGCCUGUGCGAGUUUAUUCGGGUGCUGGUGAGCUCCUGUCGGAAUAGCCUCAUUUUUGAUGAGUACCUCUUCCCCUCCCUGUUGGCUCUGCUCACCGGCAUGUCUGACUCCCAGGUCAGAGCCUUCAGACACACCAGUACCCUGCUUGCCAUGAAGUUGAUGAGUGGUCUGGUGGAGGUAGCUGUGAUAGUGUCGGUUCAGCUGCAGACCACCCAGCGGCAAUACGACACGGAGAACAGCAAGAGGGAGCAAGACAGAGCCUCUGGCAGACUGGAGGAGCUGCAGGCCACCAUCAGUGAGCUGCGGGAGAACAGGGAGGAGGUAUCCUCCAUGAUGAACGCCACUUUUCGUGGUGUGUUUGUGCACCGUUACCGUGACCGGCUGCCUGAGAUCCGGGCUGCCUGUAUUGAGGAGUUGGGCAUGUGGCUGAAAACGGACCCUGAAGACUUUCUGAAUGAUGGGUGUCUUAAAUACCUGGGGUGGACCCUGCAUGACAAGCAAAGUCCAGUGCGUCUGCAGUGUGUUCGUGCCCUGCAGGGUCUGUACCAGGAGAAGGAAUUCAUUGGCCGCCUGGAGCUUUUCACCAGCAGAUUUAAAGAGAGGAUGCUCAGCAUGGCGCUGGACAAAGACCCAGAGGUGGCAGUGGAAGUGGUCAAUCUGUUGCUGCUGAUCCAACAGAGGACAGAGGAAGGUCUGAAAGAAGAGGAGUGCGGCCACAUCUAUCCCCUGGUUUACGCUCUAAACAGAGGCAUGGCGUCUGCAGCCGGCGUCUUCCUCUUUAACAAGCUGAAAAGUGUGAUUGCCAGUGACAACCAGGAGAAUGAUAAAAGUGAAAAUGCAGCCUUCUUUCAAAUCCUCAUCUCUUUCUACAUCCAGAGUGAGUUCCAUGAGCAUGGGGCGUACCUGGUGGAUAGUCUGUGGGAUGUGGCAAGACCUGAGCUGAGAGACUGGGAGACUAUGACGGCAUUACUGCUACAGGAGGCUGGUCUGAUGUAUGAGGAGGAGGGGGCUCUCAUAGAGCUGAUGAUGUGUGCUAUCAGACAGGCAGCACAGGCAACCCCCCCUGUUGGGAGAACUCAGGGCAAGAAGAUCCUGGGUAUGAAGGAUAAGAAGGUCCAGGAACAAGACAGGAGACGUGUCACCACACACUUCAUCCCCUUACUGCCCCAGCUGCUGGCCAAGUACUCAGCAGAUGCAGGGAAGGUGAGCCUCCUUCUCAAAGCUCCCCUCUACUUUAACCUGGAGGUGUACAACAGCGCUCCACGGCUGGAGAAGUAUCUGGACCUGCUGCUGUCUCAGAUAUGUGGUAUUGUGGAGAAGCACACAGAGGCCACUGUGCUAGAGGCUUGCGCCCAACUGGCCAGCACCCUUUGCUCUGAGUCCUACACCUUCUCCUCCCGCGCACACCUGGCAUUCAGCCAGCUGCUGGACAGCCUGACCGAGUGCUUUAGCACCUACUUAAGUGACCUGCUGCAGGGUACUGCAGAUGACGAUGACGUAUACAGUGCAGCCACUGCUUUAAAAAGGAUUGCAGCCCUCAGCAGUGCCAAGGAUCCGACAGGCUGGAAGCUGUUCGGCUCUUGUCUUGAGCUUCUGAAAAGCAGGAUGGAGUCCAGAGAGCUCGACAAGGAGCUCAUGGUGUCGGCUCUGAAGUGUGCAGCCUUUUACCUGAUGUGGGCCAAAGUGAAUGCAGUCAACUCCACGCCAGCUGAGGGGGAAUUGAACCGUCUGAAGAAGGAGAUGCGUUCGUUCUGCAGAGUUUGUCAAACGUGUCUGUCUUUGAACCAGGCUGAGAUUAGAGAUCAAGCAUUUGAGCUGUUGUGUGACUUGCUGCUCUUGUACAGUACGAGUUCAGCUCGCUCUGAACCCGCCCUCCAAGCGCUGGUCCACCUGCCGUCAGAUUCCCUGCGCUCUGAGAUGGCUGCUUUCCUCCUGGACUACGUCUUCUCUGACACUGAAGAUGCUGAGCUCAACGUUGAGAAUGAGGAGGAGAUGAAGAUACGUCUUCUCCAGAGGAAGCGCAACCAGUUGUCUGGCUACUGCAAGCUGGUCAUCUACGGGGUGCUGGAACUCAGCGCCGCCACCGACGUCUUCAAGCACUACAGCAAGUACUUUAAAGACUUUGGCGACAUCAUUAAAGAGACUUUAAGCAAGAGCAAGCUCAUCAGUCCCAUUCAGAGUGCCAAGACUGUGUGUCUGAGCCUGCAGCAGCUGUUCUCAGAGAUGCUUACGGAGGACCACAGCAGGCAGGAUCUCGGUGAGAUUAGAGACUUGGCCAAGAGGCUUGCUAUGAGCUUUGGCAUCGAUCUUCAUCGUGUCCGUAAACCACUGGUGGCCCUGCACAUGGACGGUGUACGUUUUGCAUUUCGGGAACCACGGGAGGGAGAAGAGCAGCACGUGAAUGUGACCUUCUUGGAGAUCCUCAGCGAGUUCAGUUUCAAGCUGCUGCAACCGGACCGCACCAAGCUGGCUGCGUUUGUGAAAUCAGAGUGUCCCAGUGCUGCCCUCUCCUGGCCGUCAGUCAGAAUGUAUCAGCGUUCCUUGGAGGGCCGCUCCUCUUCUAAAGCCAGAAAACCGGAGGAGGGAGGAGAUGUCGUCUCCACACAUAGCAGCCCUGUAGCUAAACGCAAGAGGACCACUGCUCAGGGUUCAGUUGCCAGCACAAUCAGAGGAUCUUGGUUGGACAGCAGCAGUAUCCACAGCGUCCUGCACACGCCAGCCCUCACCUCCACUGCCCAGAGACAAUCAACCAAGCCCCUGGCCUCCAAAAAACCCAGCGCCACACAAUCGGAUAUCAGCAGCGACUUGUCUGAGGAUGAGUUCUCCUUAGGGUCCCAAAUACGAAAGGUAAGGCCCGUCAAACGACACCAGCUCUCCUCCAGCCAGACUGGCCCUCCUUUGGAUCAGCAAGACCUGAACUCCCACCUCACCUUGCUGUCUUUGAUUGAGGACGAGGACGAAGACGCAGAAAGAGAAGAGCCUGAGAUUGAGGAUUACGAGAGUGACUCUGAACACGAAUCUACAUAUACACUGCCUUCCACACGCCACACCUCCGCCAGUAUCCUUGAUGAGCUCUUUGAGUGAUGGCACAGAGACCCGGACCGCCUGGGGAACAGCACUUCUCUUUCUUUAAUGUAUCUCUUUAACACUACUGCGUUUUCAGUGGUUUCAGUACAUUUGAGUGUAUAAUUAGGGCCAACUGUUCUUCUACAUGACAGAGUUCACCUAUCUGAUCUAUUUCAGUCAUUCAUUUUGUUGGAGGGGAAGAGAAAGUCAAAAUGAUUAUGAAGUUUGGGGACAAAGGUUGUUGCCAUUCACAAUUAGGAAUGUUUGUUUUGAACACAAUGUUUAAAAGAAAUGUGUUGAAGUUCAGUUAGAUCCCUGUUGGCUGGUAGCAAACUUAGUCUUUCUUCCUGUGUUCCACAUUUUGAAUUUAGUUUCAUAUCUUUCACUGUUGUUGACAGUUUUUUUUGUUUAGUUUUUUUGUUUAACACUUGUUAAUUUAAUGUAAAUUAAAAGAUGCUUGAUUGAGCAAAGUAACACUGAAAGUGUAUUUAAUAAGCUCACAUUACAGUGUGAUGUACAUAAAUUCCUAAAAAAAAUUUUUUAAAGC